AUGUACAACCCCACCUUCUCUGUCGCAGGAAUGAAUGCCAGCGCGAAUAACCACCACGGUGGACCGAAUUGGGGCAAUCCUGGCGCCGGGGGCUUUGCGGAUAGUUUGAAUCCGCCCAGAGGGCAUUAUCAGGCGGGGUAUAUGCUGUCUGCCUCACAGAAUAAUAACUCGCCUCAAGGAAAUCAACGGACGGACGACGUGCCGGUUGUGCCCACCAAGGCUAAGCUGUCGAGGGGCCCUACGGCCGACUUUGGCAUGUCGUCUAUGUUCGAAAGUUCGAGAAAGCGACAGACGAUUGCAGAUGAAGACGCGCCACCGACAAACUCCGUUAACGACAUUCCUACUGAGCUGCAUUUCGACUCACCACCACAGUUCAGACAGAAUCAAAUCGCGGAAACCUCGUUCAACAGACGCCAUGCGCGCACACCUUCAACACCACAAAACAAUCAGGCGUCUUACAUCGUUGUCUUCGGCUACCCACCAGACAAAUACAGCCAGACGGUCGAAUAUUUCAAAUCCCUAGGCGACUCGACCGAGGCUGAUAAUCAUACGGAGGUGACGAAUUGCUUUCGCAUAGGUUAUAACGACCCUGGUGAUGCGCUCAGAGCUGUGAGGAAAAAUGGGGAAAUCUUGGGCGGGAGCUGGAUGGUCGGUGCCAAGUGGGCCGAUCCAGCGCAAGCGGAAGUGAUGCUAGGUCAACCAAUUACGCCUCGCAAUGCCAUUAUGGGCAAUCCAGGCGCCAUUGAACCGGCAGCGUCGCCCCAGAAUGCGAUGGCAGUGGACGAGCCAUCAAGUCACCUACCAUCGCCGCGGAUGACUGUCGGCACACCCCUCAAGUUAGCCCCGUCAUCGUCUGCAUUUAGGAGACCAGGCAGCGAGAAGGCAACCCCAGUACGACUAGCGGCUGCGGGUACACCUGUUGCUAUGCAGACGACCCCGGUGCAAUCGUCACCCAGCAAAGGUGUGCUCGGGCAGGUAUCGGACUUGAUUUUCGGGUGGUAG